AAUGAUCCCCCGGGCCUUCCCCCAACUACUGUGCUUCCAAUUCCCACAUAUCCAGACUGCCUGGACCAGGAUCUGCCGUUAUCUCCUUGCGUUCAACUGUGAAAGGGCUCCGCACUGAAGAAGCCCAAAAAAUAUAGUCUAUAGCACGACCCUGAAGAGCAACCGGUGUAUAAGGUUUGAAGAUGAAAACCGCACUGCUGGUCAUCGAUAUGCAGGAGCAUUUUCGGGAAAUGGGCAUGCCUAUCAUGAAGAAUAUAUCCACCCUCUCCGACCACUUCACCACCCACUACCUCCCCCAACACUUCACCCAACACGGCCACCCACCCUCCGACUUUGAAUCCCCCAUCACCAACCAACUGGUAAAGAAAUGGGGCAUCGAAGGCAGCAUCCACCGCGGCUCCCCCGCGUGGCACCUCCUCCCCUCCAUCCGCGCCCUCUACGACAACGCCUCCUCCUCCCAUACACACCCCUCCGUCAUCCCCAAAAACACAUACGACGCCUUCCUAGGCAUCACCGGCCCGGAGCUCUCCACUUCCAACGCCGCUUCCUCCUCUUCGUCUCCGCCAGCCCCACCGUCUCUAGAAUCCCGGCUCCGCACCGCGGCCGUCGAGAGAGUCAUCGUCUGCGGCGUCCUGACGGAUUGCUGCUGCGAUACUACUGCCCGCAGUGCAUUCAAUCGCGGGUUCGAGACGUGGCUCGUUGAAGAUGCGUGUGCGAGCGUGGAUCAGAGACAGCAUGAGGCUGCGCUGCGGGGGUAUGGGUUUGGGUACGGGGAUGUGGUGAGUACGGAGGAGGUGGUUAGGAGGUUGGGGAGGGAGGUGGGGUGUUAGGUGUAGGCUAGUUGGUGGUUGGGAGAGGUGUGAGGGAGGAUGGUGGGUUUGAAGGGCUUGUGGAACUGAGCAGUGAGUUUGGUAGGGUUAGCUGAGGGUAGGGGAGAAAGGGGGAAAACUCAAAGGUACAGAGCGGUUUGUGCUUCAGUAUUAUAUUGAUUCUUUGGGAAGAAAAUGGGCGGGGCGUUGUGCGUUACGGUGGUGCAUGUGAAUGCAUCUUGCGAUACCGUCGACGCCUCAGAAUGGUCGAAAUGCCCAGCUUCUCGAUUAGCUGUUUGAACAGAAUCCGAACCAUUAUGGAGAUAAUGUCCAGGAGGCAGAUGCAGG